GUCAUUUUGCACACAAAACCAUAAAUAUUCCCAGUGCCUAGUGGGAAUCUGUUUUUUGCUCCACUAACAAAUUUUCAUCCCUUUGGAAAUAGAAUCACCAAUAUUAAUAGGACCACUCUAGAACAAAGUAAUACUGAGUUUCGUCGAUUCUUUUUCCAUCAUUCGAUCAACAAAGCUAUUUCUGCGGCGCUAAAAUAAGGUUUUUGUUUCUCAUUUAUUCCUAGAAUCAUCGUUUUUUGUUUUCAGGAUAAACUAUUGUUAAUAUGGCAGUUCAUAUUUAUCGCAAUUCUCGAGGACGGCUUUGUUGUCACACACUAAAACGCUCAUGCAAAUGAUGACUGUAGAAAUAUCUACAGAUGUCAUGUUUCAUUUGGAAUUCAAUACGUAAUCAACACCUAAUCGCUUGAUCGAUGUUAAAUUCGAGACUUUCCAGCAGAAAAUGGAGAAUGAGACAGAAUUGAGGGUUGUUCAUCAGGAAGAACAACAACGCGAAGAAGGAGAAGAUGAAUCACAGCCACAAAACCCACCACCAGCCUUACGACGUCGUUUCGUGAUAUAUCUUUACGUUGGAUAUUUUCUUGCAAGAUGGAGUGCCAGAACAUGGGAAUUCUCUGUUGCAUUGUAUAUGAUCCACUUGUGGCCAAACUCUCUGCUUCUCGCUGCCAUUUAUGGUGCUAUAGAAUCUGGUUCUACUGCAAUCUUUGGUCCCAUUGUGGGGCAAUGGGUCGAGGGAAUGGACUACGUUAAAGUUCUUAGACUCUGGCUCCUGUUCCAGAACCUCUCCUACACUAUUGCUGGUGGUGCAGUCAUCAAGUUGUUGCUAGUUUCUGAUCUUAAGUCCCGGAAUCUCCCGGUGUUUGCAAUCUUGAUUGUGUUAACGAAUCUUGCUGGCGCCAUUGGAGUUCUUUCGACUCUUGCUGGCACCAUUCUGAUCGAACGAGACUGGUAAAUGUCUAGACUGUAUAUAUUUGCAACACAUGAAUGCAAUCUUAUGUAUAGUGUCAUAUUUGCAACAUGUAUUUCUUUUGGCUCUUUUGGCAACCAACAGGGCUGUGGUUAUGUCUGAAGGUCAUCCACCAGCAGUAUUGACAAAAAUGAAUUCUGUCAUUAGAGGCAUUGAUUUGAGCUCCAAGCUACUGUCUCCAGUCAUUACUGGUCUGAUCAUCAGUUUUGUCUCACUUAAGGCUUCAGCGAUCACUUUUGCAGCUUGGGCUACUAUAACAGCUUGGGUUGAAUAUUGGCUCUUCAUUUCUGUGUAUAGCGGUGUUCCUGCAAUAACACGAAGCAAUGAGAGACGGAUCUUGCGUUCCCGGACAAAGCAAGUAGAAGGAAGAGAUGCACCUGUUUCUGUUUCUAUUGUUCCGGGAACAGAGGAGGGUUAUACUGGAAACCCUCCGUCUAGAACCGGAAUCUUGGUGAUACUGGAUAGAAUGUCCAAGUCCUCUUUUGUUGGCGCAUGGAGAAUUUAUUUCAAUCAAGAAGUUGUCCUCCCCGGGGUUUCUCUAGCUCUCUUGUUCUUCACCGUCCUCAGCUUUGGAACAUUGAUGACGGCUACAUUGCAGUGGGAAGGUAUACCUACAUAUAUCAUCGGUAUAGGCAGGGGAAUAAGUGCAACGGUUGGACUAGCGGCUACAUUAGUGUAUCCGCUAAUGCAAUCGCGUCUCUCAACUCUGAGAACCGGCCUCUGGUCCUUCUGGUCUCAGUGGAGCUGCCUUUUGGUCUGCGUUGGAUCGAUUUGGGUUAAAAAGGAUAAAAUAGCAUCUUACAUGCUAAUGGCUGGAGUUGCUGCUUCAAGGCUUGGCUUGUGGAUGUUUGAUCUUGCCGUCAUCCAACAAAUGCAGGAUCUUGUUUCAGAAUCCGACCGUUGUGUGGUUGGAGGUGUUCAGAACUCACUGCAAUCGGCUCUUGACUUGAUGGCAUAUCUUUUAGGUAUCAUUGUCUCCAAUCCAAAGGAUUUUUGGAUAUUGACGUUGAUCUCAUUCUCCACAGUAUCGUUGGCAGGAAUGCUCUAUACAAUUCACCUCUACCGCAUAAGAAACCAUAUUUUUCAUCUUGAGAAGAUUCCUUUGUUGAACAAAUGUAUAUUCAAGUUGCUCCCUUCUCGUGGAAACGUGUAAUUCAUAAUGUUGUGGAAUGUGCCACGAUUUCUCCGACAUGGAUAACUAGAAAUGGGGUGGUUUUAUGACAUGACCAUAAAGCAGCCAAAAAUGAAUCAAAUGGCUUAAAUGAUUGGUUAAAUAGGUCAAAGAUAUAGUCAAAAGAAAACACCCACAAAAUAGGUCAGUGACAAUUUUGUGAUGUGUUAAAGACAACUUUCAGUGACAAUUUUGUGAUGUGUUAAAGACAACUUUCCUCCGUUUUUUG